UUUAGUGAAAACUAUUUCGUGGCAACACUGGGUGAAGGUGGCAAUCGUAGUCUUUACUUUGUAGCGCUUUGUAGUCUGUGGUAUGACCAAAACAUAAACAUAUUAAUCAUGACUCAGAAUGGUUGGGUGAAACCCGAUUUUGGAACAUCCUCUACAGGAAGUUAUCAUCAGAUAGGAAAAGGGAAAAGUGUUAAUUUAAUGCUAUGUGAUUCUAGUAGAAAGAAAAGACCACAAGAAUUCAUGGAAAGCAUGGAAAAUAUUUGUUCACCUACAAGCUCAAGUGAACUUGUAGUCCAAAAAAAGAAAGUUGCAGAAGUGAAGUGUUGGUUAGAGCAAGCAUUUUCCACCAGCAAUCAUCAGGCACGGUUUCUUCUCAUUACUGGUCCACCUGGAUGUGGCAAAUAUCAAACACUAAGUAUUAUUUGUAGAGAAAUGCACAUAGACAUUCUUGCUUGGGAAGAACCAAUCAGACAUUACAGUGCAACAGAAUGGGAUAUUGGUCAAUAUAAACUGCUAUUGUAUAUCACACUAAAAGAUGCUGAGGAUUUUUUUAAUGCAGACAACCCAACCUACCGUACAGAGAGUAAUCAAAUAGACAGUAACUUCUAUAAUCAUCUUGAAGAAUUCCUGGAAAGAGCCAGCCGUUUCUGUACCCUCAAGAUCAAAGAUGAAAAAUUACCUCUUGGUCCUAAAACUACAUUGAGAAAAAUUCUUCUUUUGCAAGAUUAUCCUCCCAUGAUUUUCCAAAAUCUCGAAAGAUGGCACAAUAUCCUCUUAAAGUUUGGCUCCAGAGGGAAAAUACCAGCUGUGUUCAUCGUAACCAGUAAUAAAUCUUUCAGCAGUAUGCAGCUUAAACUAUUCCCACAUGACCUUCAAGAAAGACUCAACAUGUCCACUAUUCAUUUUAGUGGCCUUGCAAAUACGUUCGUGCUAAAAGCUCUUCAAAAAAUUGCUUUUAAAUCCCAGAAAGCUACCCCACUAGAAGUGAUUCAAGGUAUAGCUGGUUCCUGCAAUGGUGAUUUGCGCAGUGCGCUAAAUACAAUGAAUUGGAUGAACACAAGAAGCAAUAAUAAUGAAAAGCAACAUUUCUACCCGAAGAAGAGGAAACUGUCAUCUCAGCGAGAGAGGAAUUCUUCAGAAACGGCCUACGUAAGAGAUGGAUCAAUGGAUUUCAUGCAUGCCAUAGGGAAAAUUCUGCAUUCAAAGAGAUUGAGUGAAGUUCAAUGUAAUCCACCUGGUUUACCACCGCAUCUGUCGGACGAAUUUAGAAUGCCACUAAAAGAAAAUGUCAAUGAAUUAACUAGAAAUAUUGGUGACACUUCGUAUAAGGUUCUGUUGUAUUUACACCACAAUUAUCCGGUGUAUUUUAACAGAAUCGAAGAUGUAUCAAAGGCAAUAGGGUAUCUUAGCUCUGUCGACUCACUUGGCAACCAGAUAAUGUACAAAGAAAUUUACGAGGAAUAUUCUCUUUUAACUGCUAUACGAGGUCUCAUGUUUAGCAACACCAGCGUCAAUGGGAGUACGUGGCGUCCAUUGAGAAAACCGGAUCAUUUCUCAAUUACCCUGAAGCAGCAAGAGUUUCGUGCGGAGAUGCAAGAAAUGAAUGGCAAACAAUGUGGACCUUCUUUUUUUUCAGAGACAUGGCCAUUCAUGCGUUUGAUUCGCGAAAGAAUGAAGAUUACGUCUGGGUUGAAUCAGAUACCGCAACAGGAUUACGGUCAUAAAUUAGAAGGUCACCAGUUGCGAAUCAUUCAAACCACUACCCAAGAGUACAAACCAACGGAAUUUGAGGCUCCAGAAUUUUCUGUCAACGAGAACGCCAGAUCGAACUCAGAGGUAGAUACGGGCAUCCUAAUUGAAGAAUACGAGGAUUAGGAAAACCAUAACAUAACGCCCAUGUAAGUAGGGUAUUUUUCUUGUUCUAGAAAUGGGAACACUAUCCCUGUUAUGAAUCAAGCAUACUUUCCGAUGGAAAUAAAAAACGGCAAGGAAUGUAAGAUUA